GCAGCUGCUACCCUUACUGCUGCUGGUAAACAAAUAAUUGUUGUAAAGUAAUAUAUAUGUGGUAAAGUGGCGUCCCGGGACAAAGCACAUGACGGCAGAUGCCAAGCAGGUGAAAACAAACAAGUUGCGUAGCGCAGAGUAACACGAGCAGCCGCAACGGAUAUUGCAGCUGUUUAUUUAUAGCACCAUAGCAACAACAACAACAACAACAAGCAACCUACUACCCCAACCCAAAACAACCCAACCCGACCAACGAGUAGUUGUGAGUAGGCGUCGUAAUUGGCCGCGGCCGCAAGUGCAAGGAUACACGAUUUAUAGUUGCCGUAGCGAGCCCAUCGCAAAGUCCCGUCAAAGUCAAGAUUUUAGAAACAAAUAUGGAGCCAAACGUAACUGCAGUCAACGUAGCUGCGGCUCCAGCUGCAGUCACGGCGGCGGCAACGGCGCCAAAUACCAAACGCGGCACGCAACAAGGACGCAAAAAGUCUGGACCCAAGUUUGAGCUAACCGAGGCACAGAAAUCGGAUAUUAAGGAGGCGUUUGAUUUAUUUGACAACGAGUGCACCGGCUACAUUGAGGUCAAGGAGCUGAAGGUGGCCAUACGCGCCUUGGGUUUCGAGCCCAAAAAGGAGGAAAUCAAACGGAUGAUAGCAGAAAUCGAUAAGGAUGGCAGCGGUCGCAUUGCGUUCAAUGACUUUCUACAUCUGAUGACCAUGAAAAUGGCCGAAAAGGAUACCAAAGAGGAGAUUCUGAAAGCGUUUCGCUUGUUCGAUGACGACGAAACGGGCAAGAUCUCAUUUAAAAAUCUGAAACGAGUCGCUCGGGAACUCGGCGAAACCCUUACGGACGAGGAGUUGCGGGAAAUGAUCGAUGAGGCCGAUCUGGACAACGAUGGCGAAGUCAAUCAGGAGGAGUUUCUGCGUAUUAUGAAGAAGACCAGCUUGUAUUAAUCACAUUUUCAUUAAAUUCAAAUUGAAUUCAUAGUCAUAAGCUGCAUAAGUAAAAGUAUUAAUUUUUAAGUUUGAUUUAAGCUUUUGUGUAGCUAAUUUAUUGCCCGAUUCUGCUUCAUUUGCUCAACGGCAACUUAUUGAAUGUGGGCUGCUUUUUGUAUAAGUCCCAUGUGUGUUCCUUUCUCUGAAUGUACAAGACAAGCAAAUGCACCGCCUGUAUUUUUGCACAAUAUAAUCUCAGUGAUGAAUAAAACAUCAGCUAGU